AUGACUUCGCAUACUGCAUCUGGCCCGGAGACUGCGGAGGAGAACACCUACCGAGAACUGGCGCAACGAUACCCUCAGAUGAAGUACCAAGUUGCCCGUGCUUGCGCCGUGGCUGGCUACGACAAGUUAUACCAGGAGCUCGACGUACUUCCAGAGACCCACAUAGCAGAAGAGGCUAGGGAGUGCGGCAGUACGGCCAUUUACGAUCAGAUCAUGGCGGCUCCAGUGGGUAAACAGUCUGUUGGAUACGCUACCACUCCGGAGUUCGAUGACUAUGGUGAAGAGACUUUUGGUCUGUGGGACGACCCAGGAUUUGAACAAAGAUCCAUCGACAUCACCGAAGACAUGAGCGUGGAUCGCAACGCCGUGGAAGCGACACCCCUUCACCCAAUCGAUGGAGUCGGGAGUCCUCUGCUGUACCAGCGCCUCCCACUGGACCUGCCAACCAUCGACGAAGACGUGCUCAUCCCCAUUUCUGCCUACUACGGUGACAUCGACCGAUACGAGCGCUUGCGGCGGCCCAAGAUGCUACCUUACGAACUGAACUGUUGUGUAAUAGGCAUCUAUCACAACACAAUGUUCGCCAUCUGGUGGUCAAAACAGUCGAUGGAGACCAAGGGCAUCUGCGUCAUCAGAGCGGCUAUCAACGCACGCUUCAUCAUGAAUAACGUGCUAUCUCGCGCAACCACCGGCGACGACAAGAGCGACAAUCCAUACCUGAUCUGA